AUGGCUUGCAAUAAGAAUUCGUUCAUAAAGUUGAGAAAUUUAAGAAAAGGGACAGAAGUGGUGGACAUUCUACACAGAAAAGCUUAUACUCCAAUGGAAUGUUCGUCAAAUCAUUGUUUAGGAUCGAAAUUUUUUCCGCCUUUCGAACGUCCUGAUACAACACCGCGUUCCAAAGAUGAGGUACUGUCGCAUGCGCAGAAGUUCAUGGAAGAAUAUUAUUCGUCUAUUGGCAAAGAUGACACUCCCGAGUUCCUUCAGAGGAUGAAGGAUGUGACUGACUCCGUGGAGAAAACGGGUACUUAUGAUCUAACAUAUGAGGAACUUACUCUCAAGGUCUUCGAUGCCCGUCAUGUGAAAACAACGCAAGAAAUGUAUGAACAUAUACUUGAGUUGAUGGACUAUUCGAACAAUAACGGAAAUGUCAGAGGCGCAAUUACUAUUUUUCCUAAACGGACAGAUGGUCUCCAUGAUUUCCGGAUAUGGAACGCCCAAAUUAUACGCUAUGCUGGUUAUGAACAGCCAGAUGGUUCUAUUAUUGGAGAUCCAAUCAGUAAAGAGAUCACAGAGUCCUCAACUUUGCUGUUAUCUAUCUAUCAGUCUGUCUAUCUAUCUAUCUAUCUAUCUAUCUAUCUAUCUAUCUAUCUAUCUAUCUAUCAAAUGACUUUGUUAAUGCUGGCUGUGUGA